AUGUAUGUCGUCUACUUUACUGUCACUGUCGCUGUCACUGACACUGUCACUGUGCUGUACUGUCUUGUUCUUGCCUUUUUGUUUUUUAUAAUACAAUCUUCUAAAUUGAAAGGGAACUACUACUAG